GGUUUGGAACACGAGGCCAUCACGCGGCAAACAACUGAAGAUAAUCAAUCGUUCGACCGUAGAACAUCGACGCUACCAAAGGACUAUUUUCUUCGAGAUUAAUAGAUGUUACAUUUGGAUAUUAUUAUUGGAUAUUAUUAUCUAUCUGUUUGGAUAUGCGCGCGCACAAGUGUCAAAGUAUCUCUCCUCUCGAUUUCGUUUGAUCGUUAUUAUUGAGUAACAGUUCCGACAUCGAACAGAAAUCGCAACGUUUUCAUCGGUCACUGACGUAAGGAUACCGAUCGAAUGUUCGUUCGUUAUGAUGAUUAAAUCGGAUUUUACAUUAUCGACGUAAAUCGAUCGAAAUCUUUCUCAAAUCAUAUAUUUGAUCUCGUCACGAUGUCUAAAUCGGGGACUAAUGUACCGAUCAUGACUCGAUCGAAAAAAGAAGAAACGUUAAACGAUCCAAAAUUAUUGCUUAAUGAAGUAAAAAAUGAAGCUACAAGUAAAGCGAGCAUUGAGAAGGAAAAAGUUGAUGUGCCGGUUGUAAAACAACAAGUACAAUCGGCGAAGGAAAUUAUUAAAACUGAUGUACAAGUUGAAAAGAGAACGUUGGAACAAUCGGUCGAGAAGAAAGUCGAGAAGAAAUUUGUUAUCGAGAAACCCACGGACAAAGAUCGAUCAUCCUCAAAAAACGAUGAAUCUUUGAUCCUUGAAAAAAAUAAACCAAAAGAUCCACCUGCUUUGAAGAAAGAUGAAUCUUUGAUCGUCGAAAAAAAUAAACCAAAGGAAGAAAAACGAUCUGCUUUGAAGAAAGAUGAAUGUUCGAUUCUCGAAAAGAAUAAACCAAAAGAUGAAGUUUGCCCUUUUUUAAAGAAAGACGAAAUUGUGAAACCGGAAAAAAAUAAACCAAAAGAUGAAGUUUGCCCUUUUUUGAAGAAAGACGAAAUUGUGAUACCGGAAAAAAAUAAACCAAAAGAAGACGUGCGAUCUUCUUCGAAGAAAGAUGAAUUUGUGACUCUCGAAAAAAAUAAACCAAAAGAAGAAGUUCGAUUUUCUCCGAAGAAAGAUGAAUCUUUGCUCCACGAAAAAAAUAAACCAAAAGAAGAAAAUCCAUCUGCUUUGAAAAAAGAUGAUUCUUUGAUCCUUGAAAAAAAUAAACCAAAAGAAGAAGUACUAUCUUCUUCGAAGAAAGAUGAAUUAGUAAUCGUCGAAAAAAAUGUACCUAAAGAAGAAGUCCGAUCGUUCCCGAAGAAAGAUGAAUAUUUUUUCCUCGAAACAAAUAAACCAAAAGAAGUUCGAUCUUCUACGAAGAAAGAUGAAUCGUCCGUUCUCGAAAAAAAUAUAGCGAAAGAAGAACUUCGAUCAUCUUUGAAGAAAGAUGAAAUUUGUAUCCUCGAAAAAAGUAAACCAAAAGAAGAAGAUCGAUCUUCUUCGAAGAAAGAUGAAUCAUUGAUCCACCAAAAAAAUAUACCGAAAGGAGAAUUGCAAACUUCCUUGAAGAAAGAUGAAUCUUUGUCCCACGAAAAAAAUAAACCAAAGGAAGAAGUUCGAUCAUCCCCGAAGAAAGAUGAAUUUGUGAUCGUCGAGAAAAAUAAGUCAAAAGAAGAUGAUCGAUUUUCUCCGAAGAAAGAGGAAUUGUUUAUCGUCGAAAAAAAUAAAUCAUUUAAACCCUCGAACGUUGCUGUACCAAGAAUACGUCAACCCUAUAUGCCACCGAUAACCAAUGAAUCUCCAAUCGUAUUAUCUACACAUUUAGUACCGUCCUUACCAAUCUCUCUUUUCGAAUUAUUGGCCGAGGUUAUCGAAGUUGCAACAGAAAGGCCUGUUAAUAUUUUAUACGAGCCAAGAUCUAAUAGAAAAGUUCCAAAGAAUAUCACUGAUAUGGCCAUUUUGUCGGCCAAUGAAGAAUGGGAAGAUGGUGAACUUUUGCCAGUAUCUUUCAUAUUUAAACAUCGUCUGAAUAAGGAUAAUUCACCUUUGGUUUAUGCCGACGUUAUCAUUGCUUCAGAUCUCACACCUCAGGUUGAAGAUAUCAUUGAUAUGCGUGGACACAGAUGUGCAUUACCUGAUAGGUCUAAAAAAGUAGGAGCUACAACACUAUUGUAUAAUUACUUGCAUUCUGUUGGAGAAGGUCCAGCUUUCUUCGGCAACACAUUAGAUGUCAAUUCACAAAUAGCUGUUUUACAAAUGGUCGCCGGUAAACAAGCUGAAGUAGGCGUUUUGGAAGCUCCUGUUAUUAUGUGUCAAAAGGAUACUUUGCCAGGCAUAGAAUCACUUCGUGUAGUUACAAGCUUGGGACCAUUACCGCCUUAUCGCAUUAUGGUUAAUAAAAAUAUAUCUGAUAAUCUCGUAAGGAAAUUAACGUCUUCUCUACUCAAUUGUAAUGAGGAUACAGAACGAUUGGAGAAACUAGCAUCUUAUGGAAUCUUAGGUUUUGCCGUUAAUUCCACAGAUUACUAUGAAUUUAGUGAUGUUAAGUCUGCCAUUAAAAGGGGACCGUAUUAUUGAAUUUAUCUCUCAUUUACAUUGUAUUAAAUAUGAUCUAUACCUUACUACAUUUAUCGUUGGAAAAAAAUAAGCACGCAUAUAAAUUUUAUAUUAUAAAAUAAAUAUAACGUUAUAUUAUCAA